AUGGAUAGUUCAACAGAUAGAUUAGAAGAUGUUAUAAACGAUAGUUUCAAUGAGUUAAAUAGUGGAUUACUAUCGAAAAAAGAGAUUAUUGGUGUGCUAUUGGUAGAUAGUUUUCAACAGCAGUUGUAUCCACAACGAAAGGAUAUCAAAAAAGAGAUUGUAGAGUUUCUAAGUACGACAUUCACAUCGCUAUCGAUUUCACACAGUUCAUUGAAUUAUCUGAUACUGAACAACAACAAUCAUCAGACAAGCACACUAGGAAGUAAAGUAACAAGUAGCACAAACUCACCUACACUCCUAUCACAUAACAAUAGUUUUAAUACAUUAUCUCAAUUUUCACUUGAUAACAAUAAUACUACUCAAGAUAAUAAUAGUAUUAGUAAUAAUAAUAGUUUAGAAAAUAAUAAUAAUAAUAAUGAAAAUAGUAGUUUACAACAAAAGAAAAUAAAGAUAUAUGAUGAAUUUCUACCAAGAUCAGUUAAUAAAACAUUGAGAAGUGAUAUUGAAUUCAUAUUGGAUCACAAUCAUCACGAUGAAAUGAUAAAGUUUCACAAGAGAAUAACCGGUGCAGAGACAUCGAAAGAAAAGAGUCAACACUUUCAAGCAUUCCACUUAAAACUUGUCAAUUCAAAUUUGGUAUUACCAUCGAAAUACUCACAUCUCAUCACAUCAAAUAACUAUGCAAUAACAUUAUAUCAAUGUGUUGAAUAUUAUAUAUUUCAAAAUAUAUUUCAUAAUAUAUUCCCAAUUUGUUAUGAUAAAGAUGUAGAAUUAUCGAAAAGAAUAGAAUCACUAUCGUUCAUUGAACCUUCACACUUGGGUCUUACAACUGAUUUAAACCAACUUGGAAAUGCAUUGAAAUAUGUAAAUAAAUUGAAUUCAUAUCAAACACCUUUGGAAAAGAAGAGAUGUAUAUCAAAGAUGUUGAUACAGCUGAUAUCGGUGGGUGGAGAAGACUAUCUGUUGCCAAUGGUGAUCUAUCUACUGUUAAAGUCGAAUCCUCAUAAUCUAUGGUCAACCAAUAAUCUUUUGGAGUUGUAUUCUAUCGGUGUUCCCGACGGUCAAGAUAGCAUCUAUGAUUCAUUCGUCACCACAUUCUCGAUAGCGAUACAAAUGAUAGAGAAACUAGAUCACACUCAUCUUUCAAUCGAUAGGAAUCUAUUCUAUCAAAAGUUACAACAAAAUAAUAGUUUAAUAAUUGAAUCAACUGUUUUACCAACAACUACAAAUAUAUCAACAACAACAACAGCAACAAAUUCUACCUCUUUGGAUGUACAACAAUUAACAUUAGUAGAUACCUCUGUUGUUAAUAGUAAAAUAGAGGAUGUUCAACAAUUAAAACAAGAAAUGAAGAAAGAAAAACAAUUAGAAGAGGUUGAUAAACAACAGAUGGAUAUCAAUCAGUUGGAGAGUAUAAAGGUGUUUAGACAGAUGAAUAGACGGUCUAAUAUGGUAGAGAUUCUGUUGGAACAAUUGAAUGCAACAGAGGUAGAGGAAUUGAUGUUGAAAUUCAUAACGACAGCUCUCAUCAGUCAGAAUUACUAUUCGUCGAUUCGUAGCUCGCUGAAGCGAUUCUUUAUCGAAUUCCUCGGUGUCAAAGAGAACAACUUUUGUGUGACAGAGAUGGAGAUUAUCGGUUCGCUGCAAGACAGUAACGAUCAAUCGUCGCUCGUAGUGCUACCACAUACCAACUCGAAUGGCAAAGCACUGAAAGCCGCCAAGAUUGCAGGUGCCGCUGUCACUGGCGCCGUCAUUGUCGGUCUGACCGGCGGGUUGGCCGCGCCAUUUGUUGGCUCGGUUCUCUCGGCGAUCGGUGCCGGUGGACUGGUGACCGGUCUGACAACUACGACCGGGCUGAGUGGCGCCACCAUGCUGAGUGUCAUCUUUGGUGCUGCCGGUGCAAAGGUGUCGGCCGACAAGAUGAUCUCGGUCACCUCUGAUCUUCAGGACUACUGUAUACACAAAGUUAAAUCACAGACAUCGCUACACGCCAUCGUCUACAUCGAUGGAUUCACAGCGCAGCCCGACGACACCACCCCUGCCAAAGACUCACUGAAAUCCUGGGAGAAUGUAGUACGUCGGGCGACCGACGAGUACGGUGACAUCUUUCUCGUCGAGUACGAAAAGAAGAACAAACAGAAGCUACAAUCAAUCAUUGCAGAGUAUCAAAAGACACUAGUACAAACACUAUUUAAAUCGGCUGCAACCAAUAUUAUUUCACAGAGUUUAGCGCAUGCACUUAUACCGUUAUCAAUAUUGAAAGUGGCUGAUGUUCUAGAUAAUCCUUGGUCAAUGCUUAAGGAUCGUUCAGAGAAGGCUGGAAAGAUAUUGGCCCAACAGAUUAUCGAUGGUAAUUUCGGAAAGCGACCACUCACUCUUGUCGGAACUGGUAUGGGUGCGAGAAUGGUAUUCUAUUGUCUUGAGGAAUUAGAUAGACUAUCGAAAGCCAACAACAAUCUAGAUAUGUGUGCAUCAUACAUUGAAAUGGUUGUAUUCAUUGGUGCACCAAUUCCAAAUAAUCAUAAAAGAUGGAUAAAUAUUUUGAAUGUUGUUAGUGGUAGAGUUGUUAAUUGUUAUUCUGCAAAGGAUGUGGUAUUGAAAUAUGUAUGUAGGUCAGCACAUUGUUUGAGUGACGGUUUGUUCCCGGUGUCUGGAGUAUCGCCGGUGCAUAUCGCAUCGUCACCGCUGAUCAUCGAGAAUGUCGAUGUAUCCAACAUCGUAAAGACACAUCUAGACUAUGAGAAGGAAGCUGUCAUCACCAAGAUCAUUGAAUACGUUGGAAUCAACAAGGUAUCCUAUUGUCCACCUAAAAUACCUCCAAUAUUCAGUGGUAUAGUUUACAAUCUCUAA